AUGUCGAAUCACCGCACAACCCCAAAGCACUCCCCUUCCAUUACAUCCGAAGAAGCAUGGAAAGUCGACACUCCAUUCGGACCACCACAAGUCCCUCGUUCAUUUCCAAACGGCGGCAUCCGACGAAUCCGAGAUACUCUUCAUAAAUUAUCACCAUCCGGGAUGGCCGAGAAAGAACUCCUGCGCAAAAAGAACCAAUAUAAGAUCCCCUUAACACGGCGUAAUAUAAAUACCUUCGUCGAGGAGCAACAAGUCAACGACGCAUGCCGACCCAAUCAACGAACGCCAGAAAUCCAAGUCGCAGAAUGGCUUGAACAUGUUUCUUGA